UAUCCUGGGCCCACCUCCAAGACCUAGUCCACUGGCUUGCUCCUCACCCACGCCACAGAGCAGCAGCAGUAGAAACAGGGCUGUGAGCUCCUCAGCGAUGCCACAGAGCAGCAGAAGUAGUAUCAGCAGGGCUGUGAGCUCCUCAGCGAUGCCACGGAGCAGUAGUAGUAGCAGGACUGUGAGAAGGGAGGAAAGAGCUGCAGACUCAGCCCUUGACACAUCACUGGCAAAGACAGUGCAAAUUAUUUGAAGACAGAUCUCAAAAUCUGAAGAACGUCACGCACCGGAGCCACCAGCUUAUCCCUGAGGGCCCUGGCACCUAUAGCUGAUUUCAUGGAUGAACUCUCGCCAAAACACCAGAGGAAAUCUAUCAACAUCUGCAUGAGAUUGUGCAUGACUACAAGUAGAGGACAUGGUUAGAAUGACUGGGACCAUGAGACCGUGCAUGACUUCAAGUAGAGGACAUGGUUAGAAUGACUGGGACCCUGAGACCGUGCUUGACUUCAAGAAGAGGACAUGGUUAGAAUGACUGGGACCAUGAGACCGUGCAUGACUUCUAGUAGAGGACAUGGUUAGAAUGACUGGGACCAUGAGACCGUGCAUGACUUCUAGUAGAGGAAAUGGUUCGAAUGACUGGGACCAUGAGACCGUGCAUGACUUCUAGUAGAGGACAUGGUUCGAAUGACUGGGACCAUGAGACCGUGCAUGACUUCAAGAAGAGGACAUGGUUCGAAUGACUGGGACCAUGUGACCGUGCAUGACUUCUAGUAGAGGACAUGGUUAGAAUGACUGGGACCAUGAGACCGUGCAUGACUUCAAGAAGAGGACAUGGUUCGAAUGACUGGGACCAUGAGAUCGUGCAUGACUUCUAGUAGAGGACAUGGUUCCGAACGACUGGGGACCCUGAGACCGUGCAUGACUUCAAGAAGAGGACAUGGUUCGAACUACUGGGACCCUGAGACCGUGCAUGACUUCUAGUAGAGGACAUGGUUAGAAUGACUGGGACCAUGAGACCGUGCAUGACUUCAAGUAGAGGACAUGGUUAGAAUGACUGGGACCAUGAGACCGUGCAUGACUUCAAGAAGAGGACAUGGUUCCGAACGACUGGGGACCCUGAGACCGUGCAUGACUUCUAGUAGAGGACAUGGUUAGAAUGACUGGGAGCAUGAGACCGUGCUUGACUACAAGUAGAGGACAUGGUUAGAAUGACUGGGACCAUGAGACCGUGCAUGACUUCAAGUAGAGGACAUGGUUAGAAUGACUGGGACCAUGAGACCGUGCAUGACUUCAAGAAGAGGACAUGGUUCGAAUGACUGGGACCAUGAGACCGUGCAUGACUUCUAGUAGAGGACAUGGUUCGAAUGACUGGGACCAUGAGACCGUGCAUGACUUCAAGAAGAGGACAUGGUUCGAAUGACUGGGACCAUGAGACCGUGCAUGACUUCAAGAAGAGGACAUGGUUCGAAUGACUGGGACCAUGAGACCGUGCAUGACUUCUAGUAGAGGACAUGGUUAGAAUGACUGGGACCAUGAGACCGUGCAUGACUUCAAGAAGAGGACAUGGUUCGAAUGACUGGGACCAUGAGAUCGUGCAUGACUUCUAGUAGAGGACAUGGUUCCGAACGACUGGGGACCCUGAGACCGUGCAUGACUUCAAGAAGAGGACAUGGUUUGAACUACUGGGACCCUGAGACCGUGCAUGACUUCAAGUAGAGGACAUGGUUAGAAUGACUGGGACCAUGAGACCGUGCAUGACUUCAAGUAGAGGACAUGGUUAGAAUGACUGGGACCAUGAGACCGUGCAUGACUUCUAGUAGAGGACAUGGUUCGAAUGACUGGGACCAUGAGACCGUGCUUGACUUCAAGUAGAGGACAUGGUUCGAAUGACUGGGACCAUGAGACCGUGCAUGACUUCAAGAAGAGGACAUGGUUCGAAUGACUGGGACCAUGAGAUCGUGCAUGACUUCUAGUAGAGGACAUGGUUCCGAACGACUGGGGACCCUGAGACCGUGCAUGACUUCAAGAAGAGGACAUGGUUCGAACUACUGGGACCCUGAGACCGUGCAUGACUUCAAGUAGAGGACAUGGUUAGAAUGACUGGGAGCAUGAGACCGUGCAUGACUUCUAGUAGAGGACAUGGUUCCGAACGACUGGGGACCCUGAGACCGUGCAUGACUUCUAGUAGAGGAAAUGGUUCGAACGACUGGGGACCCUGAGACCGUGCAUGACUUCUAGUAGAGGAAAUGGUUAGAACGACUGGGGACCCUGAGACCGUGCAUGACUUCUAGUAGAGGACAUGGUUCCGAACUACUGGGACCCUGAGACCGUGCAUGACUUCUAGUAGAGGACAUGGUUCCGAACGACUGGGGACCCUGAGACCGUGCAUGACUUCUAGUAGAGGACAUGGUUCCGAACUACUGGGACCAUGAGACCGUGCAUGACUUCUAGUAGAGGACAUGGUUCCGAACGACUGGGGACCCUGAGACCGUGCAUGACUUCUAGUAGAGGAAAUGGUUCGAACUACUGGGGACCCUGAGACCGUGCAUGACUUCUAGUAGAGGAAAUGGUUAGAACGACUGGGGACCCUGAGACCGUGCAUGACUUCUAGUAGAGGACAUGGUUCCGAACUACUGGGACCCUGAGACCGUGCAUGACUUCAAGAAGAGGACAUGGUUCCGAACUACUGGGACCAUGAGACCGUGCAUGACUUCUAGUAGAGGACAUGGUUCCGAACGACUGGGGACCCUGAGACCGUGCAUGACUUCUAGUAGAGGAAAUGGUUCGAACUACUGGGGACCCUGAGACCGUGCAUGACUUCUAGUAGAGGAAAUGGUUAGAACGACUGGGGACCCUGAGACCGUGCAUGACUUCUAGUAGAGGACAUGGUUCCGAACUACUGGGACCCUGAGACCGUGCAUGACUUCAAGAAGAGGACAUGGUUCCGAACUACUGGGACCAUGAGACCGUGCAUGACUUCUAGUAGAGGACAUGGUUAGAAUGACUGGGACCAUGAGACCGUGCAUGACUUCAAGAAGAGGACAUGGUUCCGAACUACUGGGACCAUGAGACCGUGCAUGACUUCUAGUAGAGGAAAUGGUUCGAACUACUGGGACCACAGUGAAAUCAACAACUUGUUCUGUUGUUCAGACAUCUCAGGAGUCAGACGCUGUUUUACUAUUGUUCCCAACAUAUUUCUAUUCCUCAGUAAUAUUUGUAUCUACACUGAAACUUUGACACUUGUUGUUGUUUACAUGUCUGGUCAUAAGCAGACAAGGUUGUAUUGCGUUUUACUUUCAGAAGCCAGAAAAAAUAUGUAUUUUUGUCUGCUGAAAAAGCUCUGUUGGCAUUUCUUCGCAAUACAAGGUGUUUGAAUGCAUUCUAUUUAAACAUCAGGUGCUGACAACUUACCGAAGAGCUGCGAGCCACUGACUGAUAAUGUAGAGAAGAGCUGCGAGCCACUGACUGAUAAUGUAGAGAAGAGCUGCGAGCCACUGACUGAUAACGUAGAGAAGAGCUGCGAGCCACUGACUGAUAAUGUAGAGAAGAGCUGCGAGCCACUGACUGAUAAUGUAGAGAAGAGCUGCGAGCCACUGACUGAUAAUGUACAGAAGAGCUGCGAGCCACCGACUGAUAACGUACAGAAGAGCUGCGAGCCACUGACUGAUAAUGUAGAGAAGAGCUGCGAGCCACUGACUGAUAACGUACAGAAGAGCUGCGAGCCACAGACUGAUAAUGUAGAGAAGAGCUGCGAGCCACCGACUGAUAAUGUAGAGAAGAGCGGUGAGCCACUGACUGAUAAUGUACAGAAGAGCUGCGAGCCACUGACUGAUAAUGUAGAGAAGAUCUGUGAGCCACUGACUGAUAAUGUACAGAAGCGUUGCGAACCACUGACUGAUAAUGUAGAGAAGAGCUGCGAGCCACUGACUGAUAAUGUAGAGAAGAGCUGCGAGCCACAGACUAAUAACGUAGAGAAGAGCUGCGAGCCACAGACUAAUAACGUAAAAAUGAGCUGCGAGCCACUGACUGAUAAUGUAGAGAAGAGCUGCGAGCCACUGACUGAUAAUGUAGAGAAGAGCUGCGAGCCACAGACUAAUAACGUAGAGAAGAGCUGCGAGCCACAGACUAAUAAUGUAGAGAAGAGCUGCGAGCCACAGACUAAUAACGUAGAGAAGAGCUGCGAGCCACAGACUAAUAACGUAGAGAAGAGCUGCGAGCCACAGACUAAUAAUGUAGAGAAGAGCUGCGAGCCACAGACUAAUAACGUAGAGAAGAGCUGCGAGCCACAGACUAAUAACGUAGAGAAGAGCUGCGAGCCACAGACUAAUAAUGUAGAGAAGAGCUGCGAGCCACAGACUAAUAACGUAGAGAAGAGCUGCGAGCCACAGACUAAUAACGUAGAGAAGAGCUGCGAGCCACAGACUAAUAACGUAGAGAAGAGCUGCGAGCCACAGACUAAUAACGUAGAGAAGAGCUGCGAGCCACAGACUAAUAACGUAGAGAAGAGCUGCGAGCCACAGACUAAUAACGUAGAGAAGAGCUGCGAGCCACAGACUAAUAAUGUAGAGAAGAGCUGCGAGCCACAGACUAAUAAUGUAGAGAAGAGCUGUGAGCCACAGACUAAUAACGUAGAGAAGAGCUGCGAGCCACUGACUGAUAAUGUAGAGAAGAGCUGCGAGCCACAGACUAAUAACGUAGAGAAGAGCUGCGAGCCACAGACUAAUAACGUAGAGAAGAGCUGCGAGCCACAGACUAAUAAUGUAGAGAAGAGCUGCGAGCCACAGACUAAUAAUGUAGAGAAGAGCUGUGAGCCACAGACUAAUAAUGUAGAGAAGAGCUGCGAGCCACAGACUAAUAACGUAGAGAAGAGCUGCGAGCCACAGACUAAUAAUGUAGAGAAGAGCUGUGAGCCACAGACUAAUAACGUAGAGAAGAGCUGCGAGCCACAGACUAAUAAUGUAGAGAAGAGCUGCGAGCCACAGACUAAUAAUGUAGAGAAGAGCUGUGAGCCACAGGCUUUCUUCUACUGGUGGUGUAGUUCAAUCUAAAUUACUGAGACGCCAUAGAAUCAGGUUUAAUUUUAUUAACAAGAUUUAAAAUUCUAUAUUUUUAGUUCAAAGUACUUUGGUUUACAGUGCACACAAAGAACUGAGUCUGUCCAAGUGUGUGAGCAGUCCAAAAAUCUGACUGGUUGGCUUUGGGCUGAGCUGUCCUCUCCUAACCAUGUGUUCCUUCCAUGGCACAUGUCUGGGGAGGGGGGGAGUCCUUUAAACUUGUUUUGUAAUGAGUAAGCCUUUUCUCCCUGGCUCUCUUGUUACAUUACAGCUUUAUUCUAAAGUGGAUUAAAUAAAAACAUCUCACCAAUCUACACACAAUACCCCAUAAAGACACCACAAUACCCCAUAAUGACAAAGCAAAAACAGGUUUUUAGAAUUAUUUUAGAAAUCUAUUUAAAAAAGACAUACCUUAUUUACAUAAGUAUUGAAAUUGAGCUCAGGUGCAUCCUGUUUCCAUUGAUCAUCCUUGAGAUGUUU